CUAUUAUUGAUUCCCUCUCCGAGUGUGCAAAAUCUGUUUGCUUGCUUCGUCGUUAAUAUUCACGCCUCCACUCUGUCGUCUCAAUUUCUACCAUGGCAUCCCAAACCGACCUUGCCGCCUUACUAGUGCAUGCGUCUGUUCCGGCAUUUAAGUGCCCAGUUGGAACGAAAAUGCACAUUUUGGACCUUGGAACGUUGCAAGCUGACGAGUCAUGGUUGCUGCGAGGCGCUAAUGCUGCCACACUAACUAAUAAGAACCCGCAGAACAAAUGUCGCGAUUUAAUCCUUCUCUCAGCGCUUAUUGAGUACCCUGGUGUAGGACUCAUUCUCUUCGAAACCGGGUGUGCAGAGGAUAUCGAUGUGGAAUGGGGUCCUCCGUUGACUGAUGUGUUUCCUCGCACAGAGUAUUCAGAAAAACAGAAACUACCAGCCGCCAUUAAAGCUACGGGAAACGAUAUCAAGGAUGUAAAGGCAAUCAUUAUGGGUCAUCUCCACCUAGACCAUGCUGGUGGUCUAGAACACUUUGUGGGCACUGAUGUUCCCAUUUACGUCCACGAAGAAGAGUUCAAGCAUGCUUGCUGGGCUGUCGCCACUGGCGCUGAUUUAGGUGUAUACCUUGGACAUUAUAUGCUCCUAGAGAAGUUAAACUGGAGCACCUUCACUGAAUCGCAACUUGAUCUCUUCCAAGGAAUCACACUGCACCAUGCUCCAGGGCAUACCCCGGGGUUGUGCAUUAUGCAAGUCAACCUGGAACAGGAUGGUACGUUUAUCUGGACCACCGACCAGUUCCACAUUGUAGAGAACUACGAACUAGGACAUCCUCAUGGAGGACUAGCUAGGGACCACAACGCAUGGUAUCGGAGCCUCAACAUGAUACGCAGGUUGCAGAGGUUGUACAACGCCAAGUUGAUUUUUGGGCACGACAAGGUUGUCGCAAUGAAGUACAUCAAGGAAAAGGAAUUCUACAUAUAGCAGUGUCGAGUAACGCCGCUCAAUGGGCCCAGUCCCAGAAUGUCUGCCUAAAAAAAAAUAUACAAUAG